GGGAGGCUCUCCGGUUCAGACCAACUGCGAGGCGAAGCGGCGUUACGUUCCCAGUUAAACCUCCCUCUGCCCUCUUCUUCCAGCGGUGGAGGAGGAAAAAAAAAGAAAUUCAACUUUUGUGAACGGCUGCCACGACAUGAGUUGCACCUGAGGGGUACCGCAUCUUCGGCGCACCAGAGAAAUGAACUGAGGACGUGAAGGGGAGCACUCUUUUGUUGAGAACAACUAAGAUCUUACACUGAAACCAUGAGGUUGCAGAGGAGCCCAGGACUGGCCGCCGCGCUGGUUGUGGUCACCUGUAUUUGUGCCUUUCGUGCGACUACGGCCAUGGACAUCCCGUUAGAAGUUGAGCAGCUGCCCACCAUCACGGCUCAGUCGCCCAGCUCUCUCAUUGCCUUCCCCUUUGAUGAGAGCUUCCCCAUGACGUGUGAAGCCAAAGGAAAUCCCGAGCCAGAAUUCAGAUGGACGAAGAAUGGCCAGGAAUUCGACCCCGCUCUAGACCCCCGCCUGAUGAAAGAAGAGAAUUCUGGGACCUUUGUGAUACCUAAUAAUGGGAACCUUACAGAGUACCAGGGAGCCUAUCGCUGUUUCGCCUCAAACAAACUGGGGACCGCCAUAUCGAAGGAGAUUGAGUUCAUUGUGCCCAAUGUUCCAAAAUUCCCUAAAGAGACACUUGAUCCUGUCGUCGUGGAGGAGGGUCAGCCUUUUACUUUAAAAUGCGACCCACCUCAAGGUAUACCUCCUCUGCAGAUCUACUGGAUGACUAUCAAUCUCCAGCACAUCGAACAGGACGACAGGGUGUCCAUGGGCUUGAAUGGAGACCUUUACUUCUCUCACGCGGUGGAGAAGGACAGCAGGCGAGACUACUGCUGCUUCGCCUCCUUCCCCAGAAUACGAACCAUUGUUCAGAAGAACGCCAUGUCUGUCAUAGUCAAGACAAGAAAAAGUGACAGUCCUGAGGGUGCUAAUGCAAUUCUGGAGAGAAGACCCUCUCUUCUGACGCCCUCUGGUGGCAAAUCAGAGAAACAGCUGGUCAAAGGAGAGGAUUUGAAACUGGAGUGCAUCGCUGAAGGAUAUCCAACUCCACAGGUCGAGUGGGUGAAGAUAGGCCAUCAGCUUCCCGUGAAAGCAAAACUGGAGAGUCACGGGAAAUUAUUGAUCGUGCCAAGAGUAGAACAGGAAGACAGCGGGAAGUACAUGUGCAAGGCCAGAAACCCACUCGGAGAAGUUGUCCAUUACUUCACAGUAACAGUCGAAGAGCCUCCGGAGUGGCUGUCUGAGCCGGAGAGCCAGCUCAGUAUGAUCGGAUCCGAUGUGCUCAUCAAGUGCUCUGCCAGUGGGACUCCUCAGCCCGCCACUACAUGGAGGGUGAACGGCGUACCCCUGCAGGAAUCCCCAGCGACCAACAGGAAGGCAUUUGAUGACACCAUAGUUUUACAUAACGCCAAACCCUCUGACAGUGCAGUCUAUCAGUGCGAGGCCUCCAACAGACACGGGACCCUUCUGUCCAACGCAAACAUCAUGAUAAUGAAUCUGCCCCCCAUGAUUUUGACCAAGGAGGGGGAGGAUUACUCUGCCGUGGAGGGGAAGGGAGUGAUGAUGCACUGCAAGGUUUUCAGCUCUCCUCCUUCCACAAUCUCCUGGAGCAAAGACGACUCCUCCGAAUCCGUGGAGGGACCCAGGUUCACCGUUCAUGACAACGGGUCGCUGGAGAUCUACAGCGUAGAGAAAGGCGACAAGGGACAGUACACGUGUUUGGCUAAAAACACAGAGGGAUUAUCCGCCAUCGACGCCAUGCUGUAUGUGAAAGAUCCCACUAGAAUAGUCGUGGCCCCGGAGGACCAGCAGAUCUUAAUAGGUACCACGGCCCAGCUCUCAUGCCUGGCAGAGUACGACGAGUCCUUCAGCAACGACUUUGAGCUCCUGUGGGAAAAAGACGAUAUGGAGAUAAACCUCAACUACACCGAGAAUUCAAGAUACUUUGUGGAGGAUGGUAUUCUUCACUUCGUCAAUGCGAGCCACGGAGACCAGGGCGUGUACACAUGUGUGGCGAAGACUCCAGUGGACCGUGACACGGCCUCGGCCCUGAUCAUGGUGUUAGAUGUCCCAGAUGCACCUGAGAACUUGGCACUGUCUGAACACAAGAGCAAAAGUGUGAAGCUGAAAUGGAUCCCCGGGGACGAUCACAACAGCUCAACCACAGAGUUUAUUAUCGAGUACGAGGAAAGCAAGUGGGAGCCAGGCAACUGGAAAGAGCUGCUCCGAGUACCGGGCAACCACAACUCUGCCGUCCUCAAACUCCACGGCCACAUCGACUAUCGCUUCCGCGUGUCUGCUGUGAACGCUGUAGGGAUGGGUCCUCCCAGCCAGCCAACAGAGAGAUACAAAACUCCCCCGGCAGCCCCUGACAAGAACCCUGAAAAUAUCAAAAUCGAAGGUCAUUUGCCACAUGAAAUGGAUAUCAACUGGGAGCCCCUGUUACCCAUUGAGCACAAUGGUCCCGGCCUGGAGUAUAAGGUGAGUUACAGACGGCAGGAUGUGGAAGAGGACUGGAAGGAACACACAGUGAAGAGGCACUCGUAUGUGGUCAGGAACACUCCCACCUUUGUGCCCUACGAAAUCAAGAUCCAAGCCAAGAACCAUCAGGGCUGGGGCCCCGAGCCCAGGAUAGUGACCGGCUACUCAGGAGAGGACUUUCCCUCUGCCGCACCUGAUGAUGUAGCCGUGGAGGUGAUGAACAGCUCAGUGGUCAAGGUUAGCUGGACACGAGUGCACAAGGACAAGUUGCAUGGACAUCUGGGAGGCUACAGGAUAAACUGGUGGCGUCUGCGCAGUCUAGUGGCCUCAAAGAAAAGCCACGGAGACAAACACACGCUGACGUUCCCCGGGGAUCGCAGCCACGCCAUGGUGCCCGGACUAACGCCCUUCUCCGAGUACAGCCUCAUCGUCAUGACCUUCAACGGGAGAGGCAACAGCCCGGGCAGCCAUCCCGUCAACUUCAAAACCCCAGAGGGAGUUCCGGAGAAAAAUCCUGUUUUCAGGGUCACAGAUGUACAGAGGCACACCGUCGCUCUGGUCUGGGACCCGCCGAUGGAACCUAAUGGGAUUCUCACGGGGUAUCUUCUGGAGUACCAGCUCAUCAACGACACAGAAGAAGUGGGGCCGCUGCAGACCGUAGACAUCAGCAAUCCAGACACCACCAAGUGGAUCCUGCGCGAUCUGGAACCUGUGAGCAAAUACAAGUUCUACCUGCGCUCCUGCACCACCGUGGGCUGCGGGCCCGUUGUCAGCGAGGAGUGCACCACCACCCUGGAAACAAGUCUGGCCAGCAUCCACGGAGGAAUAUCAACCCAGGGCUGGUUUAUCGGCCUGAUGUGCGCCAUCGCUCUCCUCACUCUCAUUGUGUUGAUCGCCUGCUUUGUCAACAGAAAUAAAGGAGGGAAGUAUUCCGUGAAAGAAAAAGAAGACCUUCACCCAGACGUGGAGUCCCAGGGCAUGAAUGACGACACAUUUUGCGAAUACAGUGACAACGACGAGAAGCCACUGAAGGGCAGCCAGCACUCGCUGAGCAGGGAGAUCAAAGCGGGGGACAGCGGGGACAGCCUGGUGGACUACGGCGACGAGGACGCUCAGUUCAACGAAGACGGCUCCUUCAUCGGCGAGUACGCCGGGCGAAAGGAGAAGAGGGCGUCCGCCGAGAUCAAAGCCACCGUUCAGAACCCGGCGUGAGGAGCGGAACCGCCCAUCCGUCUUUCCUCCCCGGACAUCCGUUUUUUUCAUUAAACCUGCCGGGAGGAACAAAACGAAAGAGGAAACAGACAUUAUCCAUACUGAGCACAAGUUUGGUGUCAAAUGUAAUGCGUCAUUGCCAACUGCACACUGCCAUUCUCAUUUUAUAAAAGCUCUGUUUUGUCAAGUUGCAACAGAAUGACCAUUACUAAAUACUUUGUAUAUAUAGUGUAUAUUGUAUGUGCGGAGUGUCUUUUUUUUUUAUAAUUAUUAUUACACAAAAAUUUAGAGGGUUUGGAUUUUCUUUUUUUUUCUUUCCAUGACUUCAGCUGCAGUACUGUUUGUACAAAUGUUAGGAAAAGUUUACUCCCCAUUGCACAUCAUUAAAUGCAGCGUCGCCUCUGAUGUCACCUCGUAGCAGGCCACAGAAAUGUGUGGAUAUCAAGUUGAUAUUUUUCAAUUGGAGCAUAUAUUACUGACCUUUUAUAUUUGAAAUGGAUUCAUUAAAUAUGAUGUAAGAUGUGUAUAAAGGUUUGUUUAUUAACUUAUUUUUUUUCCAGUGGUUUUCUACCUGACAAAAAUAACGAGUGAAGUCACAUAUCAUUGCAUAUCAUAAACACUGAUUUUUUUUGUUCCUGUGAUGUUAGAAGGAAAUAUUAUUUAGCUGUUUUAGUUUAGAUCCGUUAGAAAGUCUAAAUCAGCCCAACACAGAUUACUGCCGUACCGGAUAUGCAGGACAAUUUUUUAAAAAAUGUAAUCCAUUACAGGUUGAUAUUUACCAGAUCAAGAAAUUUUGCUAAUUGAAUUUUUCAUUAAAUUGUCUAUUUUGAUUUAAAAGCAGUGCGUUUAUAGGCGAAAACAGUUUUUAGAUAAAACAUUUUAUAGUACUAUAGAUGCUAAUAGCUGGUAUAGCAGAAGAUAUUAGUUUUGCAAGCAGUCACCUGAUCUUUCAAUAAUGAAUUUGAUAUUCUUGCAGAUGAUGGAUGGAUCGAUCCUGCUUUCAUACCUGUAUCCUAAAUCUGAAUGACUGUGAUGCUAAAUAUGAGGCUGAAGCUAGCAAUCCGUUAGCCUAGCUUAGCACAAAGACUGGAAAUGGGGCAACAGUCCAAACACAAAAAAAGUGAUCCAGAAAAAUAUACAAAUAGCUUCUAAGGUGUCAAUUACAGAUGGUGGUAGGUGGGUUUUGAUUUUCCAGGAUAACUGUUUUCUUUCAUUCCCCAGUUAAGCUAAGCUAACCGGCUGCUUGCUGGAGCUUCACAUUUGGUUCACACACACGAGAGCAUUAUUGAUCUUUUUAUUUAACCCAUAUUACAAGUGCAUAUGCUUACUUCUCAAACUACUUCUUUUAAAGGAGUGCUUCAGUGGAUAAGUAUUGCUUUUCCAAAAUGUGGAGGGAUUUGCACAGAAACAUUUUCAGUCAAACUCAAAGCAGCAAAAGUCAAGAUCUUUGUAUGAGUCAAAAGUCCAAAAUCACAGGAUCCUACAUUUCCCAUAAUGCAUUUUUUUUUAAUGUCCAGUUCUUUCACGCUUUAUAGAUUUGUCCGAGUCCAAGCUGAGAUAACCCUGACGACUACGACGUCAUUAUUUUCUCAGAGGAUGAGCACCUGUAAUGGAUUUAGCCUUCUUAUUGUAAUCAGAUUACUUAAUCUGGUUGCGUGAUAUCCGACAUCCACCCACCCCGCUGGUUCAAUAUGCUGUAGUGAAGUGUUCCAUCAGUCUUUAACAAGCCUUACUUUCAACACACUGCCAUUUCCAAAACACAGUCGUUAUUAUUGUUCCGCAUUAACGUUAGCAACGCGAUCAUACAAAUUGCAAUGUUUUGUAAAGAAUUCAACCAUUGCAUGUUACGAAUGUUAAUUGGUGUUUUUCGAUGUCAUUAAAUUGCUUUACUUUCCUA